AUGCAUGUCGACUCUACCCCUCUUCUCCGAAGAAGUCCGGUGGGAGAAACAGAAGUCACUACCGCUGAGGAUCUUGCUUGGGACGCUCAUCGCAAAUAUAUUGUCAUUGUGGAUGCGGGGUCGUCUGGGUCACGGCUCCAGGUGUACUCCUGGCUCGACUUCUCCCGGACAAGACGGGAGCGGCUCAAGCAGAAACUUUCGCUCCAUGUGCUUCCCGCCAUCGAGCGUGGUACGCCAUCGAGCUCUGGGAAGCCAUGGCAAGUCAAACUCGAGCCUGGACUGUCCUCCUUUGCUGGGAAAAUGCCCGAGCUUCGCGCUUACUUGAAAGAGCUUCUAAGCCAUGUAUAUACGAUGGUCCCGCCCAAAGCCUUGGCCCAUACCCCCAUUUAUAUCCAUGCCACGGCAGGUAUGCGUCUGCUGUCCCCCGAGCAACGACAAGCGAUUCUACUAGAGACCUGUCGAACAAUUCGGGAGUUCCCGUUCGCUCUGGACCCGCAAGCGCAUGAUUUCACCGGCGCCGACCCGGACUCGGCCUGUGGCGGGCAUGUCCGUGUAAUUUCUGGUGAAGAGGAAGGCCUCUUUGGCUGGCUAGCGAUCAACUAUCUCAUGGGCGGCUUUGAGCCUGGGUCUCAGCCGUAUGGGUUCUUGGAUAUGGGGGGUGCCAGCUCGCAGAUUGCUUUCGAGCCGUCCGAAGCGGAUGCCCAAAAAGACUUGUUCCCUGUUUCGCUGCAUCGACUGGACGGCACCGUGGACGAGCACCAGGUCUUUGUGACGACCUUCCUAGGAUUUGGCACCAAUGAGGCGCGCUUGCGCUAUCUAUACGCCUUGGCCGACCAGGCCAAUGCUACCGAGGUGUCGGACCCGUGCCUACCGCACGGCCUGCGACUUCCAGGGCAGGAGGGACUGAGCGAUGUGGUAGGGACGGGCUCCUUUGCCGAAUGUCUCGUCCACCAGCAACCGCUGCUCAACCGGAAUGCGACAUGUGCUGCGCCCCCUUGUCCGUUCCAUGGGGUACAUGUGCCCUCGAUUCAGUAUAACAAGGUGCCAUUCGUGGGUGUAUCUGAGUACUGGUACAGUGCCGACGAUGUAUUUGGGCUCGGCGGUGCUUAUGACCGCGAGCAGUUCCACCGGGCGGCUGAAGCAUUUUGUCAAUCCGACUGGCACGCAUUGGCGGCGAAGCUCGACCGCCAUGAAUACCCCAAGCAGGUCACAAUGUCGCGCUUGCAGAUGCAGUGUUUCAAGGCGGCAUGGGUAUCCACAUUCCUCCACGAGGGGCUUGCGCUGCCGCGCGAGGAUAGUGCUCGUUUUUUCCAGAGCGUGAACGAAGUACAGGGCGUCGGUGUCAGCUGGACGCUCGGCAGGGCGUUGCUCGAGGUCAGCAAAGAGGUCGCGCGUCAUGCGCCUGCCUCGGUCCCGCUGACGUGGUCGUCUUGGGUGAUCGUGCUAAUGCUCGUAUCUGUGGUUUUGGGUGCGCUCUAUAUGGUGUGGCGACGGCUCGCUCGGCGGCACCUAAGCGGUUGGGUGCCCGUGCCAGUGUCGGACGGCACCGAUGCGGACGAGCACCGCAUGACGAUCACUAUGCCCUCCGAUACCGCUCCGCCGCUCCGGGAUGACCUGAACGAGAACAAGCGUCGUAAGAAGAACGAUCCAUGGGGCCAGUUCAUCGCCCAACCUCUCUCGUUCGUAUCUACAAGGUGGGACCGGAUGUCAGGCAGCGCCACGCUGCCCCAGUCGGCGCCAGGAACUCGGCGCACGAGUGCUACGCGUGGCGUCCCCAAACACCUACAACACGAUGGGCCGGUGGCACGCGAUGACUUUCUAAUGGUGUCAGUGGCAUCGUCGAACAUUCCGAAUCCAGAGCGCAGCUCCAGCGCUACGUCUGUACUACCUCCUCCUCACUCGCCUACCCCCCCGAUCAGUGACCGGUCGCGCGGCAGUGCCUUCUCCCGCACGACCUCCCCUAUCGAAUGGCCGCCUGAGCGGCGUGGGUCAAACACGCAGGAUACAUGGAGCACGUGUGACGACUCUGUGGUCAUCUCUACAGCUCUUUCAUCAGGUCUAUGGCCAUCUAGGCCGCCAUCACGCGUGACGUCGCCGAUGCCCAUGUCUUCCGGAUCACUUCCCUCUUUUCAAGCGCCAAAUCCACUACUGUCCCCGCCAUCAAUCAAGACCGAGCUCCGCGGCCGUAUAUCCCCCUCUUGA